AGGCUUUUCCCCACCACCAUGGUGCAACCAUGCCUGCCCCCAACACCACUGGUGCAGCUCCAUCCUCCACACAAGGGUGCAGCCCCUUCCCAGCGCCCAUUCGAGCUGCUGUCCCGUUGCAGGGGGCAUUGUGACAGCCGAGGACCUGAACAACUACCGCGCUGAGCUGAUUGAGCACCCGCUGAACAUCAGCCUGGGAGACGCGGUGCUGUACAUGCCCAGCGCGCCGCUCAGUGGGCCCGUGCUGGCCCUCAUCCUCAACAUCCUUAAAGGGUACAACUUCUCCCGAGCGAGCGUGGAGACCCCGGAGCAGAAGGGCCUGACGUACCACCGCAUCAUAGAGGCUUUCCGGUUUGCCUAUGCCAAGAGGACCCUGCUUGGGGACCCCAAGUUUGUGGAUGUGACUGAGGUGGUCCGCAACAUGACCUCUGAGUUCUUCGCUGCCCAGCUCCGGGCCCAGAUCUCUGAUGAUACCACUCACCCGAUCUCCUACUACAAACCCGAGUUCUACACGCCGGAUGAUGGGGGCACUGCCCACCUGUCUGUCGUCGCAGAGGACGGCAGUGCUGUGUCCGCCACCAGCACCAUCAACCUCUACUUUGGCUCCAAGGUCCGCUCCCCAGUCAGCGGGAUCCUGUUCAAUGAUGAAAUGGAUGACUUCAGCUCUCCCAACAUCACCAAUCAGUUUGGGGUGCCCCCCUCACCCGCCAAUUUCAUCCAACCAGGGAAGCAGCCGCUCUCGUCCAUGUGUCCAACGAUCAUGGUGGGCCAGGACGGCCAGGUCCGGAUGGUGGUGGGAGCUUCUGGGGGCACGCAGAUCACCACGGCCACUGCACUGGUAUGUGUCACCCCUUUUCUCCCUGGCGCUGCCCACCCUGCACAGCCCCCAGGCCAUGCUGAUCACACUCCCAUGCCCCAGGCCAUCAUCUACAACCUCUGGUUCGGCUACGACGUGAAGCGGGCCGUGGAGGAGCCCCGGCUGCACAACCAGCUUCUACCCAACGUCACAACAGUGGAGAGAAACAUUGACCAGGCAGUGACUGCAGCCCUGGAAACCCGGCACCAUCACACCCAGAUCGCAUCCACGUUCAUCGCUGUGGUGCAAGCCAUUGUCCACACACCUGGUGGCUGGGCAGCUGCCUCGGACUCCAGGAAAGGCGGGGAGCCUGCCGGCUACUGAGUGCUCGGGACAGGGAAAGCUGACCAGCAAUCCAGGGACAAGAUACUCACCAGGACCGGGAAGAGGACUUUGGGGUCAUGCUUCCCUUGUGAGUGGCAGAGCAGCACAAUAAAUGAGGCCACUGUGUCAGGCUCCAGGUGGCCUCCCUGGCCUGGCUCCCCACCC